AUGUCGUGUGGAGCCUGCGCCUGCCCAGAGGAGGAACAACGAGUAUACCAUCCAACAAUAAAGGGAGUAUACCCUCUAACAACAAACGGAGUAUACCCUCUAACAACAAGACGAGGAGUAUACCCUCCAACAACAAGGGGAGUAUACCCUCUAACAACAAGACGAGUAUACCCUCUAACAACAAGGGAGGUAUACCCUCUAACAACAACACGAGUAUACCCUCUAACAACAAGAGGAGUAUACCCUCUAACAACAAGACGAGGUGUAAACCUUCUCACAACAAGGGGAGUAUACCCUCUGACAACAAAGGGAGUUUACCCUCUAACAACAAGACGAGUAUACCCUCUAACAAUAAGAGGAGCAUACCCUCUGACAACAAGACGAGUAUACCCUCUAACAACAAGAGGAGCAUACCCUCUAACAACAAGAGGAGCAUACCCUCUAACAACAAGAGGAGCAUACCCUCUAACAACAAGACGAGCCGAACGCGCCCACACUCCACCAUUGCCGCGCCAGUCAUCCGGACAUCUCAACUAG